UUUACCAACAAACUUAAGUAAUCUCCACUAAACCGGUUUCCGGCUCAUGGAAUUCCCGGUUUAUUUAAACUUUUAAACACAGCUCGGACCAAGUUCGAACCGGAUACGGCUCCGUUUCCAGUUUCUCACCAUCUUCCUCGGCGAUUCUCUGCUCACAUCCAUCAAUUGAUUGAAUCGGAUCCGUUUUCAGUUAGGAAGAAAAAUGGGUACGGAGGAGACGGCUCCGAUGGACGAGAAGGCGAAGAGAAUGAGGGAUCUACUGUCGAGCUUUUACGCUCCGGAUCCUUCCAUCUCGACGAGUGGUUCUUCGAUCAACGCCUCCUUCGACAACAUCAACAGCACUUCUUUCGAUGCUGAUCAGUACAUGGAUCUCAUGAUUAAAAAGUCUAAUCUGGAGGUGCUUCUGCAAAGACAUGUUCAAAUGGCUGCCGAGAUUAAGAAUCUCGACACAGACUUGCAAAUGCUUGUCUAUGAAAACUACAACAAGUUUGUCAGUGCAACAGAUACCAUCAAAAGGAUGAAGAGUAACAUUUUUGGGAUGGAAAGGAAUAUGGAUCAGCUUCUUCACAAGAUAAUGUCAGUGCAAUCAAGGAGUGAUGGGGUCAACACAUCUCUUUUUGAAAAGAGAGAACAUAUAGAGAAACUGCACCGGACCCGUAAUCUUCUUCGUAAAGUUCAGUUCAUUUAUGAUUUACCUGCAAGACUCCAAAAAUGCAUCAAGUCAGAAGCCUAUGGCGAUGCUGUCAGGUUCUAUACUGGAGCAAUGCCAAUUCUCAAGGUAUAUGGUGAUACAUCAUUCCAAGAAUGCAGACGAGCUUCCGAAGAAGCUAUAGAAAUCAUUAUAAAGAACUUGCAGACGAAGCUAUUUUCAGAUUCGGAAUCCAUACAGGCGAGAGCUGAAGCUGCAGUGCUUCUUAAGCAGUUAGAUGUCCCUGUUGAUAGCUUAAAGGCCAGGUUGUUGGAAAAGCUGGAACAAUCUCUUGAUGGUCUUCAAAUAAAGCCUGAGGAGGCAAGUAAACUUGCAGAGCACAAUGAUUCAUCUAAGGAUGAGGAAAGCAAUAACCAAGGCCCUGUUAAAAUUCAUGAGGACGCUGUACGUGGAUUUUCUGAGGCCAUGCGCGCUUACAGAGAUAUAUUCCCUGACUCUGAAGAAAGACUUUUUAAACUCGCAAGAGCCUUAACAACGAUGCACUUUGAGAACAUGGAGGUCUAUAUAAGAAAACGUGUAUCCGCAGCAGAUUUUCUUGGAAUUUUUCGAAUUAUAUGGGAAGAUGUGGUACUUAUGGACGAGGUGCUACCUGAGGCUGCACUCUCUGAUUUAUCUGCAGAGGCUGCUCAGGUCACUCUUAAGCAAUUUGUUGCGAAGACGUUCUCUCAUCUUCAACAAGAUAUAUCAGUUUAUAGUCUUGGAAGAAAUCAGAAGCUCAAUAAGGUCUCUCUAUACGUGGCAGAUACUCUCUUGAAAUUCGAUAUCAACCAAAAGGAAGUAGUUGACGGAGAGAUAUUGAAUGUUGUCCUUGAAGCUAGCAGAAAGGCAGACUUCCGUCAGCUUCUUGAUGAAGAUACUGGAGUAAUUGUCAAGAUGAAGAACUCACUCAUUGGUUGGAUUCAGAAAGGAUUUCAAGACUUCUUCAGGUCACUUGAAGCUCAUUUUCUAGUGCUUUCAGGAAAAACUAUCUCAUCAAACGAGACUGAAGGUUUGAUGGAAGGAAAAUCGAGUGAGAGAAUUCAUGCUGGUCUCAUCCUUGUACUGGCGCAGCUCUCUGUCUUCAUCGAACAAAAGGUCAUCCCGAGAAUCACUGAGGAGAUAGCUGCUUCCUUCUCUGGCGGAAACUCCCAAGCAUUUGAGAAUGGGCCUGCCUUUAUCCCAGGAGAACUUUGCCGGGUCUUCCACGCAGCCAGCGAGAAGCUUCUCCAGCAUUACAUAGACACAAGAACACAGAAGAUAUCGAUUGUACUAAGAAAGAGGUUCAAGACACCAAACUGGGUUAAGCACAAGGAGCCACGAGAGGUUCACAUGUUUGUGGAUAUGUUUCUUCAACAGUUGGAAGAAGUUGGUAAAGAAGUGAAACAAAUUUUACCUCAAGGGACUUUCCGUAAGCACAAGAGAUCAGAUAGCAACGGAAGUAACACUACAACCUCGUCACGCAGCAAUACACUCCAUAACGAUAAGAUGGCACGGUCGAAUUCACAGAGAGCUCGAAGCCAGCUUUUCGAGACGCAUCUUGCAAAACUGUUCAAGCAAAAAGUAGAAAUUUUCACAAAGGUUGAAUUUACACAGGAAUCCGUUGUUACGACAAUAGUAAAGCUCUGUCUGAAGAGUUUGCAAGAAUAUGUUCGGCUCGAAACGUUUAACCGGAGCGGGUUCCAACAGAUUCAGCUCGACAUUCAGUUCCUAAAAGCUCCUUUGAAGGAAGCAGUUGAGGACGAAGCUGCAAUUGACUUCUUGCUCGACGAGGUGAUCGUUGCGGCCUCAGAGAGGUGUCUUGAUGUGAUACCGUUGGAGCCACCCAUCUUGGACAAACUCAUACAAGCUAAGCUCUCUAAAUCCAAGGAGCACAACAACAACACUGUUUCUUCUUGAAAAUUAUAAUCCAUAAAUAACUCAAAAACAAAGUGUGUGUUGCGUGUCUCAUGAUUUUUUUUGGCCAUAUUUUUGCUGCUUAUUAUAUCAUUCGUAGUGUAAAUUAAAACCAUCAAAUUGUUAUGUAUUUCAAAAACUCCAGUAGUAUUUACUGUUUACAACUAUUAUUUGUUGGCAAAAGCCGCGUUUAUAAGUCAUGUUAACAAAUUAUUACAUAAACAGACAUAUAA